GCUCCUUCACGCCGUCACCAGCGGCUGUCUCGCCGAUCCCCUGACGGGUCGAGCGGGGACAGAGGAGGCGUUGCAUCUCUUGCAUUCCGCAGCUUGCUGAUCGUUUAUGAGGCUUCACUCUCGUGGCACAGAUCUUUUGCGCGAAAUCAGUUCGCUGUCAACCAGGCGCGUCUGGUAUCCAACUCAUCUUCGGAAGAUGCAGACAAUUUCGUGGUCAUGCCUUGUGACCCUUGCGCAACACCAUGAUUUUCAUCCAGCUGCAAAAUCUAUCAUGGAUUAUGGCAUGCAGCUCUCGACUUUCUCAGAAGGGUCUGCACACCUUCCGCUCGCCUAUGAGCUUCUGCAAUUCACCAGCCACCUUCUUGCCAACGUUAUCUAUGCUUCACGUGAUGUUCCCGACAAAGUCGCGGAAGAGAGGGCAUUUCAAACUCCCUUCAUGGUGCAUCAGUGGCCAAGCAGCCUUCCAGUGCAACAGAAUCUCCUUAGUUUGUUGACUCAGUGGGAAGAUGUCUAGGGCAUUGGCGAACCGCUCAGUUUGCAAUACUCCAAAGACUGGCUUCAACCGACUUUUCCCGACGUCUCCCUUUCUGCGUACAACUGCUGUCGGAGUGCUAUGAAGAAAGAUAGAUUCCAGUUUGUGUUCACUCUGGCUUCGGUAUCAUACAGCUUGUUGGACGACCACGCCCUCGUCCCGACACUCUUAGCCUUCGCCACAAUUCCCGGACUUCGCAGCCUGGAUUGUCCCCCAGACUUCACCUCCUAUGAUCUCUCGGAU